AUGGAUGAUACAACUGUCCGUUAUAGCAUCAUGACAUCAUUGCAGAAUAUUGGAUGUUUAUUGGCUAGAGAAGCCGUCAAUCAGGAUGGGGAUUGCGUCAGCCGGACAAUGUGCAUUUCUGAUUGGUCCUGCCCAGAAAGACCGGCCGUAGGGGGUGGGAUCACCGGCAUCGAGCGGCGGCGAUAUCGGCGGCGGUGGAAAACAGACACAGAUAGAACCCGGGGCGAGAGGCGCUCACCAGCACCUUUCACCGCAGAUGUGCCUUACACAUUGUCAGAGGCUGCGGACUGGGAAAAGGAACAACACCGAGAGGACCUCCUGUGGGUUUUGGGGAAAGUUAACCUUUGGAACCAAACAGACCUUCCCUGUGAUCGUCUUUUUCCCCCCACUUCUUCAAAUAUACAGCGACGAACAGAGAGGAGUUAUCGGCAAUGGGGUGGGAUCAUAGAUGAGACCGGUGAAGUUGUGGCUGGUUGUCAGGCUGAGAGCAGCAGUGGUUAUUACUGUCUGGCAAGGAUUCUGUGCGUCUUUGGAAAACUGGAUAACUCCGCCCUGGGAGGGGCACCUUUGGAAAUGCCGGUCAGGAACAGGUACAACUUGGUGGACGAUGUCGCUGAAUCCAGGACCCCUCUUUAUAACGAAGAGGCUUUCGAGCAUGGCAUUCACUUCCAGGCCAAGUACGUUGGGAGUUUGGAUGUACAAAGGCCAAACAGUCGCGUGGAGAUAGUGGCGGCCAUGCGAAGGAUACGGUCAUUGAAGCAGCUGGAGGACAGUGUUGGCCAUGCCAUCCCACAAAACUUUCAGGAUCAACAUUUCCUCACCAAGAAGAUGAAGCAGAACUUGCCAUUCCACAGUAAAUCUGCAUGAAAACUGGCAACAAGAUCGGGUACAACUGCAAGAGGAGAUACUGGAGAAGAACCAAGCUAACUCUGUGAAGGAAUUCACCAUUGGCAUAUAAUCAGCAAUGACCAUCUGCUCUGAUCUCUCUUUUCACCAGAGAAGAGUAAUGGAAAUGUGGAUUUGAACAAAGGUUGACCAGGGAAAAAUGAAAUUUUUUUCUGUUUUGUGGUUUCUUUUGUGGAAAAUAAAGUUUGAGAUUGAAGCCAAAAUUAUUUAGUUGAAAGGGAAAAAAAGAGAAAAUCAUCAUUAGAGACUCUGAAAAGGGCAAAUUCUCAACCAGUGGUAUGCAAACAAUCUUGCCUCAUCAACAAAGAACAAAGGAAUUGGAAGAAACAAAAGAAAACAACAGACUAUUUCUGUGUUAGUAGGAACUGCAGAUGCUGGA